GCGGAGCGAAAGUGCCGGGAAGGGGAAGUCGGAGAGCGGCACGAUGGCCACGGCCCCAUCGCAGCCCGCUGCCAGCCCCGGCCCCGGCCCGCUGCCGGACCUGCAGGCCGUGCCCAUGGUAGCGCUCAACUACGGCGUCCGCCGCCGCCUCGGCCUCUACCUGAACCCGCGGGCGGCCGCGGCCGCGGACUGGACGGCGCUGGCGGAGGCGCUGGGCUGCAGCUUCCUGGAGAUCCGGCGGCUGGAGAGGCUGCCCGACCCCACGGCCGCGCUGCUGGAGGAGUGGCCGGGACGCUGCCCCGGCGGGGCCACCGUGGGGCAGCUGCUCGCCGUGCUGCGCCGCCUGGGCCGCCACGAUGUGCUGAGCGACCUGGCCGGCAGCGUGGAGGAGGACUGUAAGAAGUACUUGCAGAGGAAGCAGGAAGAGGCCAACCAGCCUCUCCAAGUGCCAGCAGUGGACAGCAGCGUGCCAAAGACGUCGGAACUGAUGGGCAUCACCAUCAGGGAUGAUCCGUAUGGGAGUGGAACAGAGAUAUUUGAUGCCUUCAUCUGCUACUGUCAGAAAGACCUCCAGUUUGUCCAGGAGAUGAUCAGGGAGCUGGAGCAGACAGAGUUCAAACUGAAGCUCUGUGUAUUUGAUCGGGAUGUCUUGCCAGGAGCCUGUGUGUGGUCCAUCAGCGGAGAACUUAUAGAGAGGAGGUGUCGAAGGAUGGUGGUUGUUGUUUCAGAUGACUACCUGGAAAGUGACGAAUGUGAUUUCCAGACCAAAUUUGCUCUUAGUCUUUCCCCAGGUGCUCGUCACAAACGGCUGAUUCCAGUCAAGUACAAAUCCAUGAAGAACGAGUUUCCAAGUAUCUUACGGUUCAUUACCAUUUGUGACUACACCAAUCCUUGCACCAAAAAAUGGUUCUGGACGAGACUGGCAAAAUCCCUCAUGCUGCCCUGAUGCAAAGUCCUGAGAGCUGGGUGCUCUUGUAACCUGUCCUGGCUGUGCCUUUGGACCAGGGGUGUCCUUGACACAGGCUCUUCCACCACUUCAGAACCUGGAUCCUUGCUUGGAGCCUGAGAUUGGGAACAAAGAACUCUGUCCAGCACUUCUUCACAACUAUGAGAGGAAAUAAAGCAACUGUGUGGGUGUUCCGGGUUAAGUCAGUGAGCAGCAGCAUCCAGCAUUUGUUGAGUAAGCACUUUCACUAAAAAUACUGAAAAUACACAUCUAAAGAGUGUCUGACACAGGAAGACUCUGUUGUAAGAAUUAGCAAGACCUCAGAGCCUCAAACUGCAGGUUUUGUCAAUGUAUUAAAGCUACAGUAACAUCGAGGCUUGUAAGAGUUUUACCAUAUUGGACAGGUCUCUCUCUAUUCAGGUCACAUUUGAUUCAGUGACCUUAUACCAGCAUGUAAUAUUCCCAGAUAUUACUAAAUUUUUACUUCUCCUUCAGGAGAAAUUCAGAGUCUUAAAAUACAUCUUUUCAGUGACAGUCCUUACUGCACAAAUCAGGGGCUGCUGUUGCUCAUUGACUUGACCAAGGUCUGCACAUCAGUGGGUCCAGAUCUCAAAUUCUUUCACCUUUAAAAACCUUCUAAAACACAGCAGCUUUUGGGAUGUCUCAAAGGCACAGAGCUAAACACUGAAUGAGUGUAUUAAAUUGACAUUUGGGAUGUUUAAAACAUGGAAGUGAAUGUUACAUUAAUAGGAAAGAGCCUAAUUUAAUUAACUGCCACAAUAAUCACUGUAUUUCUGUGACUAAGGCUCGGAGCAAUGUCAAGACUGCUCUGCUUAUUAGACUUGGCCUUGAAUCCUGCCUGUGACUACUGGAUCUCAUCAGUGCUCCAGGGUGGAGGUCAGGAGUUCUACCCAAAGGAGUGUUUAAAGCAAUCCAUUGGUGUAUUAAACAGAUUUACAGUAAAUAUUGACUUUUAAAGUUGGGGAAGAGAGGAAUCUUGCUUGUGUGUCUGCAGUUGCUUGAACUCUGCCCCUUUCUUCAUUACUUCAGCCACUGACCAAUGUUGAUUUUACAGCUUAAUGUUUUACUAGUUUACAUUUUUAAGGUUGCGUCUGGAUGUGAUUUUAUUUUUUCAAUUUCAGCUUUGUUUUAAAGCAUUACCAGGGCUGAGGCAGUGUCAGUGUCAGUGAAUGAACCCUUAGCAGGGAUGCUGCCAAAUCCUGUCCAGGUGCUGCUGCUGGUUCCUCCCUGCUGACAGCAGCAGCCCCUGACCUGAGCAUGGUGGAGUUCAUUCACACACAUCAUGUUGGCAUCAGGAGCCAUUUUUGGAUAGACCCAAGAGCUGGGUGUUUCUUCUGCAAAAGUAACUGCUGCCAUCAUGCCAAGGUGACAUUUGCACCUUCCUGUCUCGCUAGAACAAGUGAGAAGUCUGUGGGCACGGGAGGAGAAAAGUUAAGCUGAUGAGGGGUUUCUGAAUAGUUUGUUUUAUUGCCUUGGGGGCCUCUCCUGCAGAAGUGGAGACAGCUGCUUGCCUCGGGCUUUCUGCAUAAUCGUGAAAUGUUAAUUACAGAAGAGGUUCAGGAGGCUGCUUGAUCCCCAGGCGCUCCGGGGGCUCAGUGAGUUUUCAUACCCUGGGGAGCCUAUAAACAUCAAUUAUGGGUCAUUACUGGCAGGAUCGAAGCAGAUUCCUCCUGCCUGGAGCGCUGGAAGGGCUGCGGUGGCUCCAUCAGAGGGGAGCCCGUGCUGUGGACGCUAGAGGGAGGCCAUGGCCCACGCUGUGCCCUGCGAGGGAUCCAGGAGGGAUGGGGAGACACGGCCGGGAUGGGCCAGCACCACCGACAUGGAAAACCACGAGUGGGUUCUCCUCCUGUUCCCCUUGCUCCCUCUUCUGAGCAAGGGAUCCCAAAACCAGCGAGAAUUUCGGCAGCUUGAACCUUGUGCGGUAUCUUCAGAGUCCUGAUGGUUUGGGACUUGGUGUUGCAUAUGAGCAGGAAAAAUGAUGAGUUUUGUAAUAGAACAUUUGGUGCUGGUUCUGGAAGGGCAAGCAAACAGAGGAGCUGAAUUUCUAAAUGUUUUUGAGUUCAAAUAGAUAAAUGCCAUAUUCCAGUUAGUGGUGAAAGAUGUUGGGAUCUUAUUACCACCCUGCUUGUGGUGCCCUCGCCCUUCCCUCUGCUUGGCUUGGAUGCUGGGAAGGUCUUAUUGUUAUGGGGCUGUUGCUUUAUUACAAGUUACUAUUUAUCUUAUAGGCUAAAAUAAUGAUUUUGGGGUAAAGAAACAUAAUAUAUGCUUUAAAUAUGUAUCCUUUUCUAUGUAAACCCCAGAGUUUAUGCACUUCCGACACUUCCAUAUCUGUCUUGUCACAAUGACUUGAAGUGUGACAUUUUGAAUGAUAUAAAAUAUAAUUGUUGUGAACCAUUUGCCCAUUUCAGUGGCAUUUUGGGUGUUCCUCCCCUCUUUCAUGUUCAGUGGAAGGGGAAAAUUUUUGAACACAUUUAAAAAAGGGAUUUAUAAAAUUGUGUUGUUACAGGGUUUAUUUUGUUUCUGUCCCUCAUUGAAAUUGUCUUAGUUGAGUCUGUUAGUGCCAAAUCAUUUAUUUUUAUAUACAGACAUAUAUAUUUAUAAUAAUUUUGUGUCCUGAUACAAAGGGGGGAAGCAUCUGUUUUUAUAGGCAUUCUGAAAAUAGAAAAUGUUUCUGUUUUUCUCCUCAAAAAUCCAAACUUUUGCUACUUGUGAAAACCUUUUAAAAUAAAGGAUGAAAACCCAGCAGGCUGAAUCUGCUUUGUGGGCAUCCAAGAACAAAA